CUCACCGGAGCCGCACGCGCUGUCGGGAGGAGCCGCGCGCAGGGUCUGAGAAACUUUAACGAGUUUGAACUCCGAGCAGCUUCCGGUUCCUAAAACAUUAUUUCUCUUUUAUUUCGGCUUCCUUUUGGUUUUAUUGUUUCCUCUCCUGUCUGAACUGAACCUGGAGGAUCCGGACCAAGACCAGGACAAGGACCAAGACCAGGACCAGGAGGAUGUCCCGGGCGGAGGAGCGCGAGGAGGCGGACUGUGUGUGUUCGGUCGGGAUGAAGUUCACGUGGGACAUCAACGACCCCAAACUGCCGCAGGACACGAAGCAGUUCGACCCGUUUCAGGAGUGGACAGACGGUUACGUUCGGUUCAUCUACAGCGGCGAGGAUAAGAACGCUCAGAGACAUCUUUCCGGCUGGGCGAUGAGAAACACCAACAACCACAACUGUCAGAUCCUGAAGAAGUCCUGUCUCGGCGUGGUGGUCUGUUCCCGGGGCUGCACGCUGCCCGACGGGUCAAGACUACAGCUCCGUCCCGCCAUCUGCGACAAGGCACGGCAGAAACAGCAGAAGAAGCUGUGUCCGAGCUGUAACGCCACCCUGGAGUUGCUGCCGUGUCGCGGCCACAGCGGUUACCCCGUCACCAACUUCUGGAGGAUCGACGGAAAGGCCAUCUUCUUCCAGGCUAAAGGAGUCCAUGAUCAUCCCAGACCAGAGUCCAAGUCCGAGACUGAAGCCAGGAGAAGCUCAGUGAAGAGACGAGUCAGCUCUCCGCCGUUCACACCCAAGAGACGACUCAUCGAAACACAGGCUUUGGGCCCCACCCUCCUCUCCUGCGUCGAUCCAUCAGACAGACUGUCCUUCAUCGAGCCGAACUUCCCACAGCAUUACCCAGCAUUCCAGAGCCCAGAGCCCUACUACAACCCCCACAAUGCACUAGGGGACACCCCGCCCACACUACAGAAACCAGCCAAUCCCAGGCUUUACAUGGGCCGGCCCAGCUAUGAGUUCCAAGGAUACCUGACCUCGCCUUCCUAUCCUAUGACCUCUGACCUCUGUGACCCCAGGGUGGCCCCAGUCCUGGGAUCCUCAUCCUCCUCCUCUUCAUCAUCGGCUCCUCUCUCCUCCUCCUCCUCCUUCGACCCCCAGACCAAGUCUCCCGCAGGCUGGAAGGACCUGCUGAAGAGCUCCGCCCCCUACGGUGACAACCACCACUAUUACAGCACCGAGUACCCCUGCCGUUACCCCACUAAUGCCCCAGGGUCCCCCGCAGCGCUGCAGACCAUCAUCACCACGACCACCAAGGUCUCCUAUCAACCCUGUCCAAAGCCUCCUGCAUCGCUGCCUUCCUACCCAUCCUGUCCUAAACCUUCGGCCGGACUCUCGUCCUACCAGUCCUGCGCUCCCCCAAAACCUCCAGGCCUGCCCGGCUGCUCCUCCAUGAUGGAUGAUGCCUCCCCUUCCUCAUACUCCACUGAGGUGAAGGUGACGGAGGAGUCGGGUGGAGUCAUCAAGUCUUUGUCAUUUCAGCCUGAACCUCUGCAGACCAAAACAGAGCGGGCCGACGGCUAUGACUAUCGCUACGCCUACCCCAACACGUACCGCUACGACGACUACUGACGCAGCACUACCCCCAACACCAUGACCACUACUACUGCUACGCCUACCCCAACACGUACCGCUACGCCGACUACUGACGCAGCACUACCCCCAACACCAUGACCACAAUUAUCGCUACGUCUACCCCAACACCAUGACCACAACUACGCUACGCCUACCCCAACACGUACCGCUAUGACGACUACUGAUGCAGCACUACCCCCAACACCAUGACCACAACUACUGCUACGCCUACCCCAACACGUACCGCUACGACGACUACUGACGCAGCACUACCCCCAACACCAUGACCACAACUACCGCUACGCCUACCCCAACACGUACCGCUACGACGACUACUGGCGCAGCACUACCCCCAACACCAUGACCAUAGUUACGCUACGCCUACCCCAACACGUACCACUACAACGACUACUGAUGCAGUACUACCCCCAACACCAUGACCAGAACUACCGCUACGCCUACCCCAACACGUACCGCUAUGACGACUACUGAUGCAGCACUACCCCCAACACCAUGACCAGAACUACCGCUACGCCUACCCCAACACGUACCGCUAUGACGACUACUGAUGCAGCACUACCCCCAACACCAUGACCAGAACUACCGCUACGCCUACCCCAACACCAUGACCACAACUACUGCUACGCCUACCCCAACACGUACCACUACGAUGACUACUGACGCAGCACUACCCCCAACACCAUGACCACAACUACCGCUACGCCUACCCCAACAUUUACCGCUACGACGAUUGCUGACGCAGCACUAACCCCAACACCAUGACCACAACUACCGCUACGCCUACCCCAACACGUACCGCUACGACGACUACUGACGCAGCACUACCCCCAACACCAUGACCACAACUACCGCUACGCCUACCCCAACACGUACCGCUACGAUGACUACUGGCGCAGCACUACCCCCAACACCAUGACCAUAGUUACGCUACGCCUACCCCAACACGUACCGCUACGACGACUACUGACGCAGCAAUACCCCCAACACCAUGACCACAACUACCGCUACGCCUGCCCCAACAUUUACCGCUACGACGAUUGCUGACGCAGCACUAACCCCAACACCAUGACCACAACCACGCUACGCCUACCCCAACACGUACCGCUACGACGACUACUGACGCAGCACUACCCCCAACACCAUGACCACAACUACCGCUACGCCUGCCCCAACAUUUACUGCUACGACGAUUGCUGACGCAGCACUAACCCCAACACCAUGACCACAACCACGCUACGCCUACCCCAACACGUACCGCUACGACGACUACUGGCGCAGCACUACCCCCAACACCAUGACCAUAGUUACGCUACGCCUACCCCAACACGUACCGCUACGACGACUACUGAUGCAGUACUACCCCCAACACCAUGACCAGAACUACCGCUACGCCUACCCCAACACGUAUCGCUAUGACGACUACUGAUGCAGCACUACCCCCAACACCAUGACCAGAACUACCGCUACGCCUACCCCAACACGUACCGCUACAACGACUACUGACGCAGGACUACCACCAACACCGUGACCACAAUUACGCUACGCCUACCCCAACACGUACCGCUACGACGACUACUGACGCAGCACUACCCCCAACGCCGUGACUACUGAUACUACAACUAGUACUAGAAGUACAACAAUUACUUUAUCUACACAAGCUGUUUGGUUCAAUAUCUGAAUGGUGUACUGAACUUCUGCUGCGACUGGACGGUUUAGGAGCUGAGAGGAUCUUCAGGACUAAACUCUGAACUGAACCUAAACUUUGGCCCAUGAGAAACUUUCUGAAGAUGUUCAUGGAGUUCAUUCAUGUUCCCUAAGGAAGAUCCUUUUUCAUCUCACGCCAGCUGUCCUCUAGCGCCCCGUUCAGGACAAAAAGUGAAGAUUUUGGACACAAGAUUAGACAGAAAUGUAAGAACACUCAAACUGGGACUUGGUGUUUCUGGAGCUUUCAGUCCUGUCUCAUGGCCUUCAGCAGUGAAAGGAGUUGAAUGGAGCAAUUGUCAUUUUAAUGGUUUUGAUAGUUGUCACGUGACAUAAGUAUGGAGUGCAUUUUGGUAUAGGUGGUGGAAUAUGUGUGGAGGUGGUCUCUGCAGGUAGAAGUGAGCUGUAUGUUUUAGGCCGUGAGCAGACAGGAAGUGUUUUUUGCAGUGAAAGGUGUCUUUAUCCAGUUUUCUACAGGCAGCGUUUGGCGCACUGCUCAGCGCACUGCUCUGAACACCUCAAGUAGAAAAAACAAACUCAGAAGUGGAAAUCCCAACGUCAUUAGCUCUCUGUCUGAUCCUCUGAGUCCUCAGAAGUGAGGUGCUUUUGGUCACGUGAUGAUAAACUAAACCGUCCUGUUAUUUCCAAAGUCAUGUGUGAACCUUCAAGCUCAGGAUUCAGUUACUUUGAACCACAAAUGACCUCAGAAAGAACCAGCUCUUUAUUUCUAACAUCCUCUGUUUUAUAUUUGAACAUAUUUUAGUACGACACCUCCCUGUUUUCUGAUUCCACUCAAUCAAAAUGUUAAGAUAUUUUUGGUCACUGCAUUCAGAAAGUGUGUUGAACCUGUGGGAUUUAUCAUCAGGAAUGUUUGUGUUUGGGUUAUUUAUUGCAUCAGUCAGUAAAGUGGUUGGACUGACCUACAGUGUGAAAGUGAACUGGAUUGAACUGGACCGUCUCUGCUGCUGAAGGAAAGAAUCAGCUGCUGAAUGAGAUGAGAACAUGUCAAAAUGUUUCUGUAUGAACUGAAGUCUCACAUUAAAGAAACUUGUACAGAC